UCACUUCUUAUUCACUUGCAAACUUCGACAAUGGACGAAAUGAAAUUUUACUUACAAAAUUAUUUAUUAGUUUCAUUGUUUUAAUUUUUGUUCAACGAACAAAUCGGAUGAUUAUUGUGCGGUUAGUUGAAAUUAUUCAAAUUUAAGUGACAAUUUCUAUCGUAGACUAUGUGAAAUUCGACACAAUGAAAUUUUGAUACUCAUAUAAUUGUGUGUGCCUCGUCGCGAGAGCAAUAUAAAUAAAAAUUCUUUGAAAUUCAUGUAUCUCUACGAUAUUAACAACCAACGAAUAUCUAUAAAAUAAACCACUGUGCUUCGUCUGUUCGUCGAUAUUAUACACAAAUAUAGAAUAGAAAUUGAAUAACAAAAAUAUAAAUUUGAUUUCAUUGACGAGAUUGACGAUAUUUUAAUUGAGACUUCUUCUCUCGUUUCUUUGGAUGAACAACGCUGGGAUAUGCUGCAAUUUCUAUUGCGUUUUCAACUUUAUGCAUCACUAAACGAAUUUCUGUUUCAAAUAUAGGAAAAAUAAUCAAAUUGUGCAGUGUUCUUUAGUGCUUACAAUAAAUAGUCUCGGAGUUUAUUUUUUGUAAAUCAUUUAAUUGUGGAAUGGAUGGCGCAAAAAUCAUAAACACAAGUGAAAUAACAAGUUUUUUUUUUUAUUUUAAAUGAAAUUCUAGUGAAAUAAAUAAAUUAUAUUUUCGUUAAAAGAAGGAAAAAAACCGAAAUUCAAAUGAAAUUUUUCUUUUGAAUUAUUCAAACGUAUUUUGAGAAACUGCAACAACAGCACCAACCAAAUACAAGUUCUGUUAAAACAGUUACGUUAUCAAAAAUUUCGAAAAGAUCCUAAAAAUAUCAUCAUUUUUAUCGGAAAAACAAAACAAAAAUCGUUUCACUCAUAAAUCAAAAGAAAAACAAACCCGAAAAAAAUAAUAAUCAAUAUUUUAAAGUGAAUGACGUUGAUUGGGCCUGGCGCCGGAAUGGCCUUUAUGAUGAAGAAAAAGAAAUAUAAAUUUUCGGUGGAUUUUCUAUUGGAAGAGUUGGUGGAGGUGCCAUUCUUAAAUGCUAUGCUGUUUGCCAAAAUUCGACUGUUGGAUGGUGGAUCGUUUCAGGAAUAUAGUACAAGAGAAGAAGUCAAAAAUCACACAGUCAAAUGGGGACAAAAAUUCGAGAUUCUCUGCAAAAUGUCAGCGAAUGCAUCGACUGGUGUCUUGGACCCAUGCGCACUUAGAAUAUCAGUACGAAAGGAAAUUAAAGGUGGCCGUAGCUAUCAAAAGUUAGGAUUCAUUGAUCUGAAUUUGGCCGAAUUUGCUGGUUCAGGUUUAACAUCUAGACGUUGCUUAUUAGAAGGCUAUGAUGCGCGUCAUAGGCAAGACAAUUCAAUUCUUAAAGUGGCUAUUAAAAUGCAUAUGCUUAGCGGUGAUAUUCUGUUCAAAGUUCCUUCAUCCAGUCUAAACAGCAAACAAAUAACAUCCGAUGACACAUCAAUCGGUAAUGUAGUUAGUGUUCAAGGUUCAACUGCAGUUCAAACAUCCGGCGCCCGACCACCGAUGCCCCGUGACGAUUCUUCCAUAGCGUCCGGUUCAUCUGGUUUCGGAUCGUUAACAAAGACAAAGCCUGAAAAGCCCGAAUUCUAUUCAAACGAAAUGGAUCCGACAACGUUCAUAUCUUCCGUUAUAACUGAUUCCGGUAUAUCCGAAUCUUCCGAUGCACCAUCAUGUCCUAUUGCUGUCGAUACAAUAUCGAAUAAUCAUAGCUCAGUGAAUACAAUGCUUCCGUCUUCAAUGCAACAAGUGCUAACAUCCCAAACGAAUUCCAGUCCAGGUGAUAUUGGACACUCAAGGAAUUCAAGCAAUACUAGUCAAAUGUCCAAAGGAUCUGGUUACAGUAGUUUUUCACAUAGUCAACAUUCAAGGCAAAGUUCAGAAGGCGAUUCAGGACAUCAACGGUACCAUCUUCCGUUCCCCAAAUCUAAACCGCUAGCAAAUCGGUUAUAUUCCUCCAAACAAUUUCCGAAACCAACUCUAAAAUUACAAAUGCCACUGAGUCCCGAAUCGGACGGUGAAAUAUACCUAACUCCGAACACGUCGGUGAUAUAUACUAGCGAAGACGUUGUCGACUCUGGUAUGGAUGAAAAUGGUCCAUCGAGCUCUCCGCCCAAUUAUCGUGUUACGAAAAUUCAAAGUAUGGGUCACAUACCCGACCGACGACAAUCCGAUAAUUAUGGUUACGAUGAAAUCGAUUCGGGGCUGGAUGAAAAAUUCUCGACGCCGGACAACAGUUUCGGAAUGAUGUACAAAAUGAAGUCGAUGGGAAAUUUGUCGCAACACGAACGUUUGUUCGGCGACACGCCAAAAGAUUUGGUCAAAUUGAAAGAAGAAUUUGAACGACGCCGUUUCGGAAUGACCGGUCGAAAAUCGUUAACAAAUUUAAUUGUUGAUGAAGAUAAUGACAUCGUGACGGCCGUACGUAAACGAGAGUCCAUUUUUAGCGGAAAACCAUUGCAGAUCAAUGGCAGGUAUAAGAAAAAAUUUGGUAUCGGUGACACAAAGUACAUCGGCAACGAUACCGAUGCUGACAAUAAAAAUUAUCAUUUGACGAAAAUGAAGUCGAUGGGAACGAUUCCGGACAUAGUAACGGAUCGUGUCAUAUUCGAACCAUUUUUGACACCCUCAGCUGAACGAAAAUAUCCAAACAGUCUGCACGAUUACCGUGGAGGUCCUUGUGAUCUAUGUGACAGUAACGGCAGCUCCGAAGACGAUGACAUGAAACAUCAGCACGGACAAUUUAUGAAAGAUACAAACCACCUGAAGACACGGUUCGAACGCGGCUUCCGGCGAAGCUACAGCAAAGAAUCGAAUCGAAACAGUGACUCGACGCCACUGCGUCAAUCGGAUGGAUACUUUCAGAUGUCUCAUCAAUUAGUUGAUCGGAUUAGAGAGCGAAAUCUUAGCGAAGGAUUUGACAAUCGAUCGACCGUACAUAUUAUCCCCAUUAAUGGCAAAACGGAAAAGAUUAGGAGUUGUCGUCGCUUAUUGGAUGGCAGUACAAGGCAGCUAACCGUAUUGACUGCAACAACGCCACAAGACCUGGAUAAGAGUCAAUGUUCACCGUCAAAUGAUAGUAUUACAAAUUCGUCGCUGCAGAUCAAUCAAACGCAACAGCCUGUGCAUCCGUUGACUCCUUCUUCUUGUUUGGCUAUCAGACGGCCCACUACUAACAUAAAUCCCAGUUCCGGAUCAAUGAGCGAAACUGGCUCAUUGGAUCGAAUGAAAGCGGCGGCCGAACGUCGUAAAAAAGGCUUGGACGAAGGCGGACCAACGGUGUCUGGACGUGUUGAAGGUACCCGUGUCAAUCCUGACUCGUUAAUUGACGAAAUUCUCAAAAACACGAAAUUAGAUCAGCUGGAAGAGUCUGCUGAAACUUCAGGAUUGCAACUGUUCAUUGCCAGAGACGGUACAGCUAGUUUCGGUCAAGGUCCUGAAGUUAAGUCUCGGAUGCCGGGCGGUAUCUUCAAACAAGUUGUUAUGGAUAAUCCAAGAUAGUAGUAGCUAUAUGGAAUGUGUGCGUACAUUGUGUGUAUUGUUUCUGUGGUGCGUACAUGUAAUUUUGUUUUAUUUUUAACGCGGCGGUGCUCUGUGAUUAUUAUUUUUCAAAUGAAAACAAAAUUUAAAUGAAAAACCGUUAAAUUUUUUUAUUUAUUGUCUUAAGUCUGUAAGAUGAGUGGAAUAAGAAAGAGAUAAAAAAAAAAUCAUUUUAUUAACAAA